CCAGUCAAAAAAAAACUGUGUUUAUAAAAGGUUUAGACAUUUGUACACACAUCUUGUUCUUUGCAUCCCUUCAUGAUGUCUUUUUUUCCUGCGUUACUCAAAAGAGGAAUAUUAAUAACAUGUGUUUUACUGAUUUCUCUUAACCAAGGAACUUCUAAGCCGAUGUUCUUGGUGACAUUUCCGGGUGUUAUAAGAUCAGGCUCUGAAUCUAAACUAUGUAUAAGCCUUCUAAAACCAGAAGAAAAUCUGCAGCUUACUAUUUCUCUGGUUUACAAUGAACAGAAGACAAUACUUCUACAGGAGAGAACAGAGAAGGAAUUACACCGCUGCCUUGACUUUCAGGCUCCUGAAUUUGAUUCAGUGCAAGAGAUCCAAGUGGAAACUAAAGGGAAAAGCACUCAAAUGAUUGAAAAGAGAAAAGUCAAAUUCAUGUCAUAUAAUCCAUAUACAAUAAUUCAGACAGAUAAACAAAUCUACAAUCCUGGACAAAAUGUUCAGUUCAGGAUUUUCACGGUGGACCAACGUUUUAAACCAGUUGAUGAAACAUACAAACUAAUAACAGUGCAGGACAAUAAAAACAAUCGAAUUAAUCAGUGGAUUAAUGCCACAUCAACCCAUGGCAAGAUUCUGCAACUUUCCCACACACUGAAUCCAGAAGCUCCUGUUGGUUUUUAUAGGCUUUUUGUCGAGACUAGCAAACAAACAAUUACCAAAGAAAUUCAAGUUAAAGAGUAUGUUCUACCAAAAUUUGAAUUGAAAUUAUACAGUCCAAAGAUAGUGAGAGCGAAUGAAGAGGAAGUAAAGCUGGGGUUAUGUGUCAGAUACACCCAUGGACAGCCUGUUCAGGGUAGUGUGAAGUUCGGAAUCUGCAAAACCAUGCCAUUUCAUUCCCGUCGACAUAAAACUCCAUUCUGUGUUAAUUGGUUUACAGCACUGAAUAAGACUGGCUGUGCCUCUGAGAGCUUUUUCACGGCAGUCUUUAUCGAAAAAUCUAAUAUUUAUCACAGGGAAGAGCUUCUUGAUUUUAUGGCAUCAGUAACUGAGGAGGAGACGGACAUCUCAAUGGACAGGACUAAAAACGUGAUUUUGUCCUAUACUGUUGGUAGCAUCAGAUUUAUUGACCUGCCAGAUUUCAUUGAAAAAGGAUCAGUCAUACAAGCAAAGGUUAAAGUUGAGUUCUUCAAAGGAACCCCAUUUCCUUCCUUUAAAGUUGUUGUUCACCAUGGCCUGCCUCAAGAACUUAUCACAGACAUCAAUGGGGUGGCCAAUUUCACGAUUAAUACAUCCCUUGAGAAAAGUACAAAUAUUCAAUUAUCGGCAUACGCUUCAUCAAACAAUGGUAUUCCAUACCUUUUUGAACCUACACACAAAACUCUGCAAAUAAAACCCAAAGAAAGCCCAGAAAAAAGGAGUCAACUGGUUAUAAAGGCUCUAGAGGAACCACUGAAGUGCGAGGAGGAGAUCUCAGUAACCGUGGGGUACACUAUUGCUGGAGAGACUGUUGAAAGUGGUUCUGUUACUAUAGUCUACCUGAUUUCCUCUAGAGAAGAGAUAGUCCACCAUGGCUAUAAGAAUGUCGAGGUGAAGGGCUCUGAUGGAGAAGUGGAGGGAGAAGUGAUGUUUAAAGUCCUUGUUCGUACACAGAUGGCUCCUAAAAUGGAGUUUCUUGCAUACUGUGUGCUGCCCAGUGAGACUGUACUAGCUGCUUCCAGAACAUUUCAAAUUGAGAAAUGUCUUGAAAAGAUGUCACUUCAGUUUUCUCCAACUUCAGCUGUUCCUGGUGAAGAAAACACACUUCAGAUCUCAGCUCAGCCUGGGUCACUGUGCGGCCUCAGUGCUGUAGAUCGGAGCGUCCGGAUCAUGGAGUCCGGAAAACAUCUGGAUGCUGACAAAAUCUUUAAUCUGUUGCCAGUCAGGCAUUUUCCAUAUGAAAUUGAAGAUGAAGAGGAUUGCUUUAAUGUUAGAACCAUAAGAAUUCCUUGGUCUGUCUCUCCUUCACUGCCCUAUAGAUCAUAUAGACAGCUCUCCCCUUACACUUUUGAUUCAGUGAAGACCGCAGAUGCUGUCUAUAAUACAUUCAGAAACAUGGGAUUGAAGGUGGCAACAAAUUUAAUCAUUAGAAUGCCGUCCUGUAUUAAAGUCAAAGAUGUGGUUUAUCACAGAGCGGAAAUGUGUGACGGUUAUGGUUUCCAUUAUGGUUGCCGACACACAUAUUUAGGUGCUAGGCCAAGAACUAUAGGCAAGCCAGGUAUACCAGGUCCAGUUGGUCCAAUGGGUCCAAUAGGUCCAGUGGGUCGGGAAGGUUUUGCUGGAGGAGCUGUGGUUGUAGGAGGUACAAGAACUGAGAACACACCACUCAUUCCCGAAGAAACCAUACGCACAUUCUUCCCAGAAACGUGGAUCUGGGAACUUGUUGAGGUUGGGGACUCUGGAUCAGCUCAGGUUCCGGUCACGGUUCCUGACACCAUCACCUCUUGGGAGACAGAGGUCUUCUGUCUGUCCUCUAAAGGUCUGGGUCUGGCUCCUCCUGCUCAGCUGACAGUUUUCCAGCCCUUCUUCCUGGAGCUCUCUCUGCCUUACUCCAUCAUCCGUGGGGAGAUCUUUGAGCUGAAGGCCACUGUCUUCAACUAUCUGUCCAAGUGCAUCAUGGUUAAAGUGACUCCAGCUCCUUCUUCAGAGUACACUCUCAAAGCCUCCUCUGAUGAUCAGUAUUCAUCCUGUCUGUGUGCUAAUGAAAGAAAAACCUUUAAAUGGAUCCUCACUCCUUCUGUUCUUGGAGUCUUGAAUAUUACAGUCAGUGCAGAGGCAGAGGCGUCCCAGACUGUGUGUGACAACGAGAUUGUGAGUGUGCCAGAGAGAGGACGCAUUGACACAGUCACCCGAAGUCUGCGUGUACAUGCUGAAGGAAUUGAAAUGACUAAUAGCCACAGCUGGCUGCUUUGUUCCAAAGGACAAAACCUCUUGGAGGAAGUACAGCUGGCAUUUCCCCAAAAUGUGAUAGAGGGAUCAGGAAGAGCUACUGUUUCAGUGCUUGGAGACGUAUUGGGUCUUGCUAUAAAGAAUCUUGACGGAUUACUACAGAUGCCGUACGGCUGUGGAGAACAAAAUAUUGCUAUUCUUUCUCCCAAUAUUUACAUUCUGCAGUAUCUGGAAAACACAGGGCAGCUCACCCCAGCUAUCCGAGAGAGAGCCACCGGCUUCCUUAAGAGUGGGUAUCAAAAGCAACUCAACUAUGAAAAUUCGGAUGGAUCAUAUACUACAUUUGGAAAGGGAGAAGGAAAUACAUGGCUGACUGCGUUUGUGCUGAGAACUUUUGGGAAAGCACAGCAUUACAUCUUCAUUGACCCCCAAAAAAUUCAGAACUCAAAGCAAUGGCUGAUACGCCACCAAAGACCAGAUGGUUUAUAUGAGACCAAGGGAAAGCUUUUUAAUAACAGAAUGAAGGGGGGUGUAAGUGACAGUGUGACCAUCACUGCCUAUAUAACUGCAUCACUACUUGAGCUGAACACAUCAGUUGCGGAUCCUGCUGUGAGUAAAGCUCUGUCUUAUUUAAAGCGCUUUGUUGAUAUCCAAAACACGUACACGACUGCUUUGCUCACCUACACUUUCAGUCUGGCUAAAGACCAAGUGACUCGUGACUAUCUUCUAAAAAAGCUCAUGGACACUGGGAUUUCAGAAGGCUCUCAUCUCCACUGGUCUCAGUCUGCAUCUGCUGAUGACUCUGAUUCUCUGGCAGUGGAGAUCAGCUCAUAUGUGCUGCUAGCUUCUCUCACUGCAGAUUCACUCACUACAGCUGAUCUGGGCUUUGCUAACAGGAUUGUCAGCUGGCUUGUGAAGCAGCAGAAUGCCUAUGGAGGAUUCUCCUCAACACAGGACACAGUGGUGGCUCUUCAGGCUCUGUCUUUGUACGCCACCAAAGUGUUCAGCUCUGACGGCUCCAGCACAGUGACUGUACAGUCAGCAGAAGACACUCACCACUUUGAUGUCAAUCAGGACAACAAGUUACUGUACCAGGAGAAACAGCUGCAGAACGUUCCUGCCAAAUACAGCAUUGAAGUGAAGGGCUCGACAUGUGUGUCUGUGCAGAUGUCUCUUUUCUACAAUAUCCCAACUCCCAAGGAAUCUAAUUCAUUACAAAUCUUUGUUAGGACUGGAGGAAUAUGUCAGAGCGGGACGGGACAAAUUCUAGAUGUCAUAUUAAACGUUAUAUAUACUGGGAAAGAAGAAAGUUCUAACAUGAUCAUUGUAGAUGUGAAACUCUUGUCUGGUUUUAAAAUGGAGCCCUUUUCCCUGGACACAUUAAAGAAAGCAGGACAUCGUGUUGAAUCCAACGACAACCACGUGAUCAUAUAUCUUCAAGAGAUUCAAAAGAAUAUGCCUUUCCUCCAAACACUAUAUAUUAAGAAGAUCUUCUUAGUUGAAAACCUUAAGCCAGCGGUUAUAAAAGUCUACGAUUACUACCAGACAAGUGAGCGGUCUGAAGCAGAAUACACGAAUCACUGUGUCUGAGGUGUGACGCUGCAGGAUAAACAACACAUAUUCACACAAAAUCAAUAUAUAUAUAUAUCUAGACUAUUAUAUUGGAUUUACACAAAUAAUUUUAAAGUUGAAAUAACUUAAAUUUAUUUUCAUUAUAGGUUACCAAUUGUUUUAUACAAGUAUAGGUCUCUUUAUGUGUGUUUCAUCAUUAUAAUUAACAUUAAAAUUGAGAUGCAAGUAAUCUUUUGCUCAUAUAGGCUUCAUUAUAUUUGAGAAGUAUGCUUAUUAGUUAACAUGCAGUAAUACUAUAUUAUAUACCAAAUAUAAAUGCUUGAUUACUGUUUACCUAUUCUCUAUUAUUAACAGAUGUCUUUAUAUAAAUGAAAAUAAAAUAAAAUCUACUAAAUAUGGCAUGUACCCAUAAGAUUUUAUCAAAUAUUAGGCGUUGUAUGUAGUAAUCCACAAGACAGAGGAAGACGAAGUGUGGUCAAUAUCUUAUGAUUCAGAGAACAUGCAUAAACACAUGUACAAACUGACUUCGGGUGUGUUUACACUUGAGGUCUGGUUUGUUUGGUUCAUUUGGUUUAGACCAAAAAGGAAAAUUCUAUAUUUGGUCCUGGUCUGCUUAUAGCGUUCACAUUGGCAUUUUUGAUAGUGAACCUCAACCAUGUGCUUAAAAGCGUAGUCAUAAGUUAACAACCUGACUGGUCGCGUUGAAUGGUUUAUUCAUGAUAGAACUUACCGAACACCCCAAACAAAAAUAACGCAGGUGUAUGAUAUUAACCGAUCAGUCUGGUUAGUCAAACACAUUGUUGUAUGUACAAAUCAUUUUGUUUUCCCCACCUGCAAACUCGCAAGGAACUCAUAAAAGGCACUUUACCUCAUAGUUGCUCCAACACAGGCAACACAUUGUCAUCCAUUUUGGCCUGCACAUUCCAACACUCAAAUCUGUGGAGGAGCCCUGCUGAAAUUUCAGGAAGGCUGAUUGGAAUAAAAAUGCUGACUUUACUGACACAAGCAAUAUAUGCAUUUCAAAGGCUGAUCUCCAUUGAUCGCCCGUUUAAAAGGACAUUGCCAGUGCAAGAUACCAAUUAUCGCAACAGAUGGGAAACAAUAACAAGCCCGCUUUAAUUUACACACUCUAGUCGUAAAGCCUGGAGGCUGAAGAAAUUUAGGGUCUGGCCAAAAUCCACCACCUACAGCAAAACCUAGCAUCAAACCCAAUGUUGUGUCAAGCCGCCUGGUAAGGUUUGGGUGAUACCAGUCGAUACAGACACUAAACAGAGAGUUAUUGGAGGAUGGCGCACAUUCAGAAAGUCACUUUCUGAAGAUGAUCAUCUUCUGGAGUCAACCGAGGAAGUACAUACUGCUCUGAAGAAGCAAGGCAGCGGGAUAUGAAAACUUCUACAGAGAGUUCCUACCUUGGUCCAGAUGCCAUGGAACGCAAAAUAUUUUCUAAAAUGCAAUCAGAUAUGUUUGUACAUGUCUUCAGUUCUCUGUGGCUGCAUGUAAAUUUGUUACUUUACUCUAGCUGCAUUUAUUUCAAAAUAAAUCUGUAAGGGUUCCCCUUUUUUGCUGCA